UUUUGUUUUUAUGGUUAACUAACUUGAACAAGACUAUGGCAAAAUCAUAUGCAGUAGUUUUUUUUAUUGGACAAGACUCGUAUUCUGAAAUUCCAAGCAAUUGGCUUCUAUAUAACGAUGAACCUGAAGGAAAAAGGACGAAGUGUCAAUGGCCACCCUCAUUUGCUAAAAAUCUACAGCAAUUGUUAAAACAGAGAGUCGAACCAAGUCAAGAUUGGCCUAUUCAUGAAAUUGAAAUUUUAAGAUAUUGUGAUACUCUGGCUAAAGCAAGAAAAGCUGCUGAAGAUUCGGAAUAUGAGUCAACGACCGACAAACCAUUGGGAAGAGGAUUAAGAUCAAAGCGACUUACUGCUGUUGCUGCUGCUGCGGCUACUUUUAAUUCAAAAAACAACAAAGUAUCUGAUAGUUCUGAAGAAGACAGUGAUGAUAAGACAACUAAAAAAGUUUCUCCAAUGCCUACGAUGCAUAAGAUCCCUGCAAUUCAAAAUCAGAUAAAGCCUCCAUUGGUUGCAAACAUAUCGUCGUCUGUGCGUAAAAUGAAUGAAACUGAUGGUGCUCAAUCCGUAAUACAAAAACAUUUUGAAGACGAUUCAAGAACCACUGGUUCUGGAUGCACUAGAAAUAAUGAAAAUUAUGUUCCAUCCGACUUGGAAAAUGAUGAUGAUGAUGACGACAAUCGCUUUAAUGUACUUAAUGCAAAGUUGAAUAAGUGUUUAAGACUUCUGGGCGCAUUAACGGUAGAUGUGAAAGAUGUAAAGCAACGAACGGCAAUUAAUAAUUGUGGGAAUGCUUGUGAUGUUGGUAGUGAAACUGCCUUGCAAAUAAAAAAAGAUCUGCCACUGAAAUCAAGAGCAGAGGUAAUUGCUUUCGAAGAAAAACUGUCAAACUCACAGGAUUAUCGUCAACAAUUUGUAAGUUCAUGAAUGUAAUUUAAUUAUUUAAUUCAUUGCAGUUGAAAUUGAUAAGUAUAAUAUUAGUGGUUAAUAUAAAUUUAUUAAUAUUUGAGAAGCUAAAAACAUGAAGUAACUAAGACAAUAUUUUCGUUUUAUGAAUUGAGAAUACGAAAACUUUAUACAUGUAUAGAUGUAUAUAGCUGAAAAUAACUUGAAAACCUUGAAUUGUAAAAACUGAUCGAUAAUAUUAGAAUUCAAAUCCAGAAUUAACUUUUCUAUGAAGU